UAUCAUAGUUGUUGCUAUUUACAUUUUCUAGGGCAGCAUUGAGGAUGCACAGCAAGUUCAAAGACCGUGGGCUUCGUACGUAGGAGUACGUGAAGGGGACAUCGUUCACCGCUGUGUGGCUGAAGCUUUGCGGGUCUGGAGGAUGAGGAGCGGCGGGGACGCUGCUGCCUCUGCUCCGCCGAUCAUACACUCGGUACCGCGGUCAGUCUGAGGGGAAAACAGCCGCAGCCAUGGCCUCGGACAGAAGGAACAUCCGCCUCACCCAGUGCGAGGCAGGAAAGCUGUGCUGAUUGACGGGUCACAGUGGAACGACAGAGGCAUUUUAGCAGACCAAGAGUCAACUUUGUUCACUCUACAUAAGUGUGAAUAUGUAGAAAGGAGUAAAAAGGAGUGAGGACGAGGAGAGGAACCACUAGAGAAGAAGGAGGCGAAGACAUGGCCAGCAAAGGAGAAGCUAAUGAGACUACAAGGUCAACAUAUGGUAACAAAUUCCCCCCAGAGGCCAUUGGUUUCCUGUCGGCGGUGGGCGUCUUCAUCGUGGCGUUGGCCGUCCUCUUCCUCUUCAUCAACAAGAAGUUGUGUUUCUCACGUGUCGGUGGACUGCCCUGUCUGGAGCAACAUGGCCGCCGGAAGAAAGGACGACUGGGAGUCCGCCAGGGGCUCGUGAACAGCUAUGGUGAAGAUGAAGAUGAUGGCUCCAGCUCCUCUGACAGUGAAGAAGAGGUCCUGAAGCAGUUUGAGAUCUCGGUUUCACGUUCGCAGAGUUUUCGUACCGCAGCGAGCAACGGCAGCGAGCAGCAGUCCCAGCAGACACAGCUGGCUCUGGGCCGACGCCACAAAUUCACCCGACUGUCGGACCAGGAGGAGGGCAGCACCGAGCCAUCGGACUGCGAAGAAAUGGGGGCUCCGAUCCCGCAGGGUUUCAAGGACCCGCUGUCUGCAGCUGUAGAAGAGAACGAGAGGGCGUCAGCGCUAUCUCUGGACACACCUGCUGGACUCGAAGCAUCGGGCGCCAGGGAGAGCCCCACCCCCAGUAUGAACCGUCAGGCCGCGGACGGCAGCGAGGGCACGGAGAAGGCCAUGGAUCUCGACAAAAAUGAGGCCACAGACAGCUCCUCCACCUGGAGCCCCGAGCAAGAGCAGCCUCCCCAUGACGAGGUCUCGACUCAGCCUGUCAUCUCUUCCCCUCGACCUCCCAUUUCUAAAUGUGGAGACCUGGUCCUCUCUCUGGAGUACCACCCUGACACGGAGAAGCUGCUGGUCUCAGUGGUCGCGGCCCGCGACAUUCCGGACAAGGCUCGCAGCGGGAUGGACUCCUGGCAGGUCCACAUGGUCCUGCUCCCCUCAAAGAAACAACGGCAAAAGACAUCGGUACAGAAAGGUUCACUGCCGCACUUCAAUGAGACGUUUCGCUUCUCACGCCUGGAUCCAUCAGAACUGCACAUGUCGGCCAUCAGGUUCAGGCUGUACGCACUCGGAGGCAGGAUGUCCCGUGAGCGAAUGAUGGGCGAGAAGGUGCUGCGUUUAGGUGGACUCAACCCAGAAGGAGGAACGAUGGAGGUUACACUGGUUCUGGAGCCUCGCAGUAACCUCAAGAGUUUAGACUCCCAGCUGAGUCUGUCUGCUGUGUCUCAGAGCGACAGUGCCUCGUCCACUCAGUCUCUGACCCACGGUGGCGUUCCAGAGCUGCUGGUGGGUCUCUCCUACAAUGCCACCACAGGCCGCAUGUCUGUGGAGCUCAUCAAGGGCAGCCACUUCAGAAACCUGGCCAUCAACAGACCUCCAGAUACCUAUGGGCGACUGACUCUGUUGAACUCGGUCGGUCAGGAGAUCUCUCGAUGUAAGACGUCGGUGCGUCGCGGACAGCCCAACCCCGUCUACAAGGAGACCUUCGUCUUCCAGGUGGCGCUCUUCCAGCUGUCGGACGUCACGCUUCUGGUCUCCAUCUACAACCGCCGCAGCAUGAAGCGCAAAGAGAUGGUGGGCUGGAUCGCUCUGGGCCAGAACAGCAGCGGCGAAGAGGAGCAGCUCCACUGGCAGGACAUGAAGGAGAGUCGAGGACAGCAGGUCUGCCGCUGGCACGUCCUGCUGGAGGCGUAAUGCCACCAAGAUUUAUGAUUUUUCUUUUUGUUUUGAGGUGAAAGGGAGUUUAUUCUGAAAGCAUUGAGCAAUGGAAAUACCAGCUUGGUUUGAUCUGCAGACAGGAUGAUGCUUGUUGUUUCAGAGGCGAUGGAUCCAAGGACUUAGUUUCCUCAGAGCACGCUCUCUACGGUCGUAUGUCCAAAGCUGGACAUACAUUAGACCUGGCUGGUUAAUUUAUGUCAACAUGAAGAAACAAAUUCAUCUGCUCUUGGAGACUGACAACAGUUUGAAAUUCAGUUGCUCACAAAUACAGAAAUAAAUAAUUGAAAGAAGAAGCCUUCAGCAAGGUUACAUGACAAAGAUUUAGAUUCACUUGUGUGGCUAUUAAGUGACAUAAAACCUUUAUAAAUUUCAAGUUUUCAUGCAAAAAUUCACUUUUCCUUCUCAAUAAAAACCUUUGUAGAUUA